AUGUUCUCACUAGCUAAAGCCCACCGGGCCCUCAAGUGCUCGGUGGUCAUGAAUCAAUUCACGAGGCCUCAGGGCAAACUGCCACGACUUGUGCCUAGCAUCAUCCAAUCCCGUAACACUUCUGGUGUUUCCUUUGAUGAUGUCAAGACCAUCUCGAAUCUUGAUAGUGAGGGAUCCAUCCAGGAGCCUGCUCAGGAUGGAUCAAUCAAACGCGAGGAGUUUUGGCGCAAGAUUCCCAUUUGGGAGGGAGUCGAUGCCAAGAACUUCCUGAGCUAUAGAUGGACCAUUGCAAAUCUCGUCCAGGGCCCAGAGAAGCUGCAUAAGUUCCUCGUUUCUGUCUUGCCGGAGGGCAUCCCUCUCGAUUCUGGCGGCAGCCAGACGCAAUCUCGAGAUGCCUUCAUCGCGGACGUCUUCGCUGGCGUAUCGGCAGCCACGAUGGCUGUUAGGAUGACUCCUUACAUCCUGAGCCGCAUCAACUGGCAAGACCCUCGAAAUGACCCCAUAUUCAAACAGUUUAUUCCGCUCAAGUCUUCCAUGCUUCCGGAUCAUCCUCAGCUGGUUUUGGACUCCCUGCAUGAGACAGCGGAUUCACCAGUGAAGGGACUGGUUCACAGGUAUCCGGACAAGGCUCUUUUCUUGCCCACUUCUGUGUGUCCCACAUACUGCACGUUCUGCACUCGCUCCUAUGCUAUAGGCGCCGACACUGAGAAUGUCCAAAAGCUGUCACUCAAGCCUACUCGAAAGCGCUGGGAGGAGUGUUUCGCGUAUAUAGAGAGCUGCCCUACCCUCCACGAUAUCGUGGUCUCUGGCGGAGAUUCAUACUACCUCCAGCCGGAGCAUAUCCUCAUGAUUGGCGAGCGACUUAUCUCCAUGGACAACAUUAAGAGGUUCCGGUUCGCAUCCAAGGGACUCGCAGUGAGCCCCAACAGGAUCCUGGAUAAAAACGAUCAGUGGGUUGACGCCAUUAUCAGCGUCUCCGAGAAGGCUCGGAAGAUGGGCAAGGCAAUGGCAUUGCAUACCCAUUUUAACCAUCCCAACGAGGUAUCGUGGAUCACGGAGAUGGCGAGCCAGAAGUUGUUCGAAGCAGGAGUCACGGUCAGAAACCAGACCGUCUUGCUUCGUGGCGUGAAUGACAAUGUAGCCACCAUGUCGCAGCUUGUUCGGACCCUGGCAGAUAUCAACGUUUUGCCGUAUUACGUCUACCAAUGCGACAUGGUGGAGCGAGUUGAGCAUCUCCGGACGCCUCUCCGGACUAUUCUGGAACUUGAGGCUCACAUCCGUGGCUCUAUUGCAGGUUUUAUGAUUCCACAAUUUAUCGUCGACCUUCCCGGAGGCGGCGGAAAGCGUUUGGCUUGUUCGUACAAGUCAUACGAUCAAAAGACUGGUCUGUCCACAUAUGAAGCUCCAGCUAUCAAAGGACGAGGAAAAGAAAACAAGGUCUACGAGUACUGGGACCCCAUCGACUCCCUCCCGGAGACGCGAGGAGACAAGGCCGCUGAAAGCGUCCAAGUUCCGAAGCAGGCCUCUGCUUGA